AUUAAUGAUUAGCGAAAGCUGAACUCUUGAAACCAUUUGAAAAGAGCAGUUUAAACCAACAUUCCGCACCAGUAAGGAAGCUCCACUCCUCAAACAUGAAGGUCCUGAAUAAAGACGAACUGCUGAUCGCUGAAGGAGUUCUGCUAAAACACUUACCCAAGAGUUUUAAGGUCUAUGGUUUCCUUCAUGGUAUUAACAGGAACAAACCAAACACACUGGAGGUACUUGUUGAUACAUGGCCUGAUUUUAAGGUAAUAAUUUGCCGACCUGACCCCAAGAACAAGCGCGCUUUGGAGUUCAUGAAAAAGGUGACAUACUACAGCAUGGAUGAGCAGAUUUUAAGGAAAAUGCUGACAGAGGAGAAUGCAAUUGACUGGAGCACCUACUUCCUAAUUGGAGGAUUUGACUAUUCCCACGACUCCAUGCUCAAAGAGGUGUCCUCUGACAGACAAGUAGACUACAGAUGCUAUACUUUGGUGCAUCUCCUGUAUUUGCCAGACUGCAGCCAUCUGCUUUCACCAGCAUUUGACAGUGAGCUGGAAUCAAGGAUUUCAUCUCUUGACCUUUCCCAUGUUGACUUAGUGAAUAAAACCUGGAAGUUUGGAGGGAAUGAGCUAGGGUACAGGAUCGUUAAGAACCUCAUCAGCAACUUCCCUUCAUGCUGCAUCACUGAUGAGCAGGGUCAGCCGGUAUCCUGGGUUCUGGUGUAUGACUACUAUGCAUUGGGGGUGUUGUACACCCUGCCAGAGCACAGAGGGAAAGGCUACGCCAAAUUGUUGGUCAGCACCAUGGCCAAGAGACUGCACGCUCAGGGACACCCGGUGUACUGCUACAUAGAGGAAGAUAACACAGUCUCCUAUGGAUUUUUUAAAAACCUGGGCUUCACGGAGGAUCCCUCAUACAGGGCAGGGUGGUUGGAGUUCAACUUUUGAUUUUGUAACCAGUGUGAUUUCUAACAUCUCAUUAAUGCAUAGUUGACCUAUUAUCAGGUAAAAAUGACUUGUAAAGUUUCCUUGUGGAUAGAAUAUGAUUAAAAUGUAAAGGAACCAAGUUGUUAUUUAUAGCUUUAAACCAAGUUUGAAAUGAUAAAUAACAUCUGCUGCCAUUGCUGUAGCAUUUUACUUUGCUUGUACAUGUUACAUUUUUAAGUAAAUUUUUAUCUCUCUUGGUGAAAGGCCUUCAUUUAGAUUACAUCCUAUGAAAUAAUGCCAGCAAAAAGACAGAGCAAGAUAAAGAUAUAAUCAAUAGGUGGGACACUUUCAUUAAACAACUCAAGAUACAAACAUAAUGAAUUGUAUUUGUAUUUGUUCCUUUGUGCAUUUUAAAUCUGUUUAUCUGUCUGCAUCCUUGUGUUAUACUGGCCAUCGUGUGUAUUUCUUACAAUGUGCACUGUCCAUAUAGAGUAUACAGUAUGUACGAGUGCAUGUAUGUAUAUGUCAGUAUAUGGGUAUGUAUGUAGGUAUUUGUACUUAUUCUUGUUACUUUAGCUUUGUAUGAUUUCCCCCCUUAUGUGCUUUAUUAUGUUUUGUUUGUCACUGUGUAUUAUGUUGUUGGCUGUUUAAAGAUAUAAUAACAAAAAGUGGGAUACCGGGUUUUAAAAGUUAUUAAAACAAAUAGCCCAUAUACUGAAUAUGGUAGAUUUUUUUUCUCUCCCUAUAAGUUUGUGUGUCGAAAGUACGGAUC